AUGAAUCCAAUGAAUGGCCCUGGUGGUGCCUCAGCCUUGUGGCAGGAGGCGCGUAAUGCAGAAGGUCGAGUUUACUACUAUAAUGUGCAGACAAAAGCAACACAAUGGACCAAACCCGUUGAGCUGAUGACUCCGGUUGAGCGUGCCCUAGCGGAUCAACCUUGGAAGGAGUACACAGCGGAUGGUGGGCGCAAGUACUGGUACAAUACGGAAAGCAAGCAAAGCACGUGGGAGAUCCCCGAGGUUUACAAGAAUGCGCUCGCACAGGCUCCUCCAGCUCCAGCGGCACCAGUUGCAGCGCCCUCUUUUGUUGCAGGCGGCUCCAGCUCCUACUCACACUCCCAGCGUGAACGCGAUGAUUACGACCGAGCCGAUCGGGGUGACCGGGCUGACCGUGCUGAUCGCGAUAGAGGCUACAAUGAUCGACGAGGAUAUGGAAACUUUGACACGAACGGAAUGGUAGCCGCACCGGCUUUCAACCCGGCCGAGCCCGAGUAUGGCUCCAUUGAAGAAGCCGAGGGUGCCUUCAUGAAAAUGCUCACCCGGCACAAUGUACAGCCCGAUUGGACUUGGGAACAGACCAUGCGCGCAACUAUCAAAGACCCCCAAUACCGCUCGCUUAAGGAUCCGCGAGACCGUCAGGCUGCUUUCGAGAAAUACGCGGUCGAGGUUCGCAUGCAGGAAAAGGAUCGGGCGAAAGAAAGAUUCGCUAAGCUCCGAUCAGAUUUCAAUACUAUGCUGCAACGCCAUCCUGAGAUCAAACACUAUAGUCGCUGGAAGACUAUCCGUCCCAUCAUUGAAGGUGAGACUACUUUCCGGGCUACCAGUGAUGAGAGUGAGAGACGCCAGCUCUUCGAAGAGUAUGUCGUUGAGCUCAGAAAGUCGCAUGUCGAGCAAGAGGCAUCGAAACGACGAGCCGCCAUGGACGAGUUGGUCAACAUUCUCAAUAGUCUCGAUCUCGAGCCGUAUACACGCUGGUCCGAAGCUCAGGCAGUUAUUGAGUCUAAUGACAAGGUGCAGAGUGACGAUAAGUUCAAGAGCCUGAGCAAGUCUGAUAUCCUGACUGCAUUUGAGAACCAUAUAAAAUCUUUGGAGCGCACAUUCAAUGAUGCCCGCCAACAGCAAAAGGCGAUCCGAGCCCGCAAGGAGCGCCGCAACCGAGAGCAGUUCCUCGGACUGCUGAAGGAUUUGAAAUCUCAGGAGAAGAUCAAGGCUGGCAGUAAGUGGAUGGACAUCUGCCCGCUGGUUCAAAAUGAUCCCAAAUAUCAGGCUAUACUGGGGCAGCCUGGAUCAACCCCCCUUGAUUUGUUCUGGGACAUGGUGGAGGAGGAAGAGCGCUCGCUCCGCGCUCCUCGCAACGACGUUCUGGAUGUUUUGGAUGAUAAACGGUACGAAGUUACUGCUAAGACUACUUUCGAAGAGUUCAACUCAGUCGUUCAGGCUGAUCGACGUACCUCUAAAAUCGACUCGGAAAUUCUCCAGCUCCUCUUCCAGCGUAUUCAAGACAAAGCAAUCCGUCGUGACGAAGAGGAAAAGCACGCAGCUGACCGCCACCAGCGCCGUGCUGUUGAUGCUCUGCGUUCUCGCAUCAAGCGUCUUGAACCCCCGGUGCGUGUUACAGAUACUUGGGAUCAAGUGCAGCCCCGUUUAGAAAAGUAUGAAGAAUACAAAUCCGUCGAGUCUGACGAGCUCCGAGAGUCUGCUUUCGAGAAAGUGAUUCGACGCCUAAAAGAAAAGGAAGAAGACCUUGAGAAGGAGCGCGAACUACGCGAGCGCGACCGAAGCCGUCGGGAUCACGAUCGUGAUUAUCGCAGCCGGGGAGACAGGCGAGGUGGCAGCCGCGCCAGCCGCAGCCCAGAGCCCGACGCUUACGAGGCAGACCGACGCAAAGCCCAAGCCGAUCGCGAACGAUCAUACCGCACCCGCGAUGAUCGUGAUCAUGACAGAGAAAGGGAUCGUUCAGAUCGCUACCGGGACCCCCGAGACCGAGAUGCCACUCGUCGACCCGGUAGAGAUCUUGACCGUCGGGAAGAUGAACGUGAGCGUCUUUACCGUACUCGUGGUGACCCUCGUGGUAAUCGUGACGAACUUGACUAUGGAGACACCCGUAGCGUGGCCAGUGGAGACCGCCGACGCAGACGGGAGAGUGAUACUGAGAGCGUAGCCAGUCGAUCCGCGAAGCGAUACCGCCGGGAUAGCCGUGAACGGGAACGCAGCAAGGGACCAAGGCGAGACCGUCCCCGGGAGCGUUCUGCUAUUCCCGAAGAAGAAACCAAAGUCGACGAGAAGGCUAUUCAUUCUGGUAGUGAGGAAGGCGAGAUUGAAGAGGAUUAA